AUGAUAGGUGCCGAACAUACACAAUCAUGCACAUUGACUUCGGAUGCCUGUUCAGGCAUAUUCAUACAUGCAUAUUCAUGGAUAUGCAUGUUCCUACAGAUAAAAUGUAAAGGACGUUUGCAUGUUUGUAAUGACGAAAUUAUAAAAGAAUUUAAACAUAAUCAUGUGCCGGACUGUGCAAAAGUUGAAGUAUGCAAAGCAAUCAACGAAUUAAAAGAAAAAGCUAUCGAACGACCCGAUUUAAGAACACGUGCAGUACUAGGUUCAAUUUCGACAUCUUUAACUACUUCAGCAACAGCGCAUUUACCUAAAUUAAGUUCUCUUAAACGAACGAUUCGGCGGAUAAGAAAUGAGGAAGAUACUUCACCACCAAACCCAAAAUCACUAAGUGAUUUAAUGAUUCCCCAAAAAUACCAAUUGACGAACGAUGAACAACCAUUUUUACUGUACGAUAGUGGUCCAGGAGAAGACCGAAUACUAUUAUUUUCGACCGAAAGAAAUUUACGUCUUAUGGAAAACUGUAAACAUUGGUAUGCAGACGGAACAUUUUCGACAUCGCCUUCAUUGUUUACUCAAAUAUAUACGAUACAUGGUGUACAGUACAGUAAUGUUUUCCCAUCAGUGUUUGCAUUAUUACCAAAUAAAAUGGAAUCUACAUAUUGUCGCCUAUUCGAAGCAUUGAAAUCAAUAAAACCUGAAUUGAAUCCGGACACGAUUAUGAUUGAUUUCAAGAAAGCGGCCAUGAAUGCCAUUUCAAAAACAUUUCCAGUUACAAAAAUUCGAGGUUGUUUUUUUCAUUUUACACAGUCUGUUUGGAGACACGUUCAACAAGCUGGACUUCAACAAAAAUAUACUGAAGAUUCAGAAUUCGCUCUACAAAUCAGAAUGAUGACUGCCCUUAGUUUUGUACCUGUAGCUAAUGUUGAACAGGCUUUCAAUGAUUUGAUGGAUACUAGUUACUACACAACAAAUGAAGAACUUUUAACUCCAAUGGUUAAUUAUUUCGAAGACACGUGGAUUGGUCGUAUGGACCGUAGGAACAGAAGAAAGCCAGCCUUAUUCCCGAUCAAUUUGUGGAACUGUUAUGCUUAUUUAGCAGAAAACAUUCCAAGAACAAACAAUUCUGUCGAAGGUUGGCAUAAUAGUUUUUCAUCCACAUUAAAUGUAAUUCAUCCUAGUAUUUGGAAGUGUAUUGAGGCGUUUAAAAAAGAAGAAUCAUUAAAUAAAAUCCAUGUUGAACAGUUUAUAGCCGGGCAUUCAAUGGGUGUUAAAAGAACAUACAAAGACUUUGCUGAAAGGUUAAAAAAUGUGUGUGAUGACUAUCAUAAUAGAAUAACAGAAGAUUAUUUAAGAGGCAUAGCCCAUAAUUUUCAGUUAAAUGUUUUUGCAUAA